GAAGCUGUCUGUGAGAUAAAGAACAGGGAGGCAAGGCAGGUGGGCACACAUUUUGAGUUUGACUCAGGUUUUGAAUGGACUAAACUGCUUUCUCCAGGGGAGCCUUAAACUUCUCAUGUGCAAAAAAGGAAUGAUGAUUUUGACUGUAGGGGGCUUCGUAAACUUCCAGAACAGGGAGAAUUUGGUUAGUAUCUGGGCUCCUACUUUUCCUAAUUGGGUAAUUUCAGGUAAAUUCCUUAACCACUCAGGACCUAUGCUUAUUUAUGUAUAAACUGAAUAGAAUAACAGACAUGAUCACCAGAGAUUAAGAUUAAAUAAAUAUUAUGGUUUAUUUAAUAACAUCAGAUUUCCUUACAAACUAAUUUUUUGAUUAAUGUUAGCUAUGGAUUAGAGGUGAUGAUUAUAAAUGCAUUUGUAGGUUUUGCCCAUUUAAUAUAGUUUGAUAAAUUAUCAAAAUCUUAGAGAGUUCAGUUACAAUGUGGGGAUGCACCAGAGGAUGUGUGUUCUGGAGCAAAUCAAUGUUUUCAAUACAAAACCUGUGUGAAGGCGACAGUAGUGCUUGCUGUGGACUGGAUGUCCCAGUCUUGCCUUCCUUCCCCUUGAUAAUGCAUUAAGGGACCCCCAUUUUAGGACACAGGACAGGCAGAAAGAUAACCAGCUUGAUGGACUCCACACCAUGUGCAAUCACUACCAGCUGAGACUUCUUGUUUUCCAGCAAGUUGGUGAUGGUGUUAAACCCUGCUCAAAGAACAGGUGUAGGGAGUGAAGUCUCAGAUAAGAGGACCUGUGUGAGCCUCACUACCCAGCGACUGCCAGUUAGCAGAAUCAAGACCUACACCAUCACGGAAGGCUCCUUGAGAGCAGUAAUUUUUAUUACCAAACGUGGCCUAAAAGUCUGUGCUGAUCCACAAGCCAGGUGGGUGAAAGACGUGGUCAGAAGCAUGGACAGCAAAUCCAACACCAGAAAUAACAUGAUCCAGACCAAGCCAACAGGAACCCAGCAAUCGACCAAUACAGCUGUGACCCUGACUGGGUAGUAGCCUCUGGCACCCUGUCCCUCUCCAGCCAGCCAGCUCAUUUCACUUUACACGCUCAUGGACUGAGUUUAUACUCACUUUUUAUGAAAGCACUGCAUGAAUAAAAUUAUUCCUUUGUAUUUUUACUUUUAAAUGUCUUCUGUAUUCACUUAU